AUGGCCCCUGGAGCUUUGAGUGUCGACGAUACCCCAAUGGAGGUGUCAUCAGACCAUGAAAGAAGAGAGGAACCCAUCUCUAAAGCCUCAUGUGAGAUGUGUAGGCGGCGAAAGGUCAAAUGCGACCGAAUGAGGCCAGCUUGCAGUUGGUGUGUGCGCAAUGGUCGCGUAUGUGUCUACAAAGAGAAGCGUAAGGCUGUCGAGGAGAGCGAGAGAAACGACCAGUUUGAGGUUCGACUUGGUCGCCUUGAUGCUCUGGUGCAAGGCCUGAGACAACGCGUUGACAGUCAUAUUUCGCAACAUGAUUCUCACAUGACCAAGAGUCCACCAACCCAUCAUGGCAGACAUCAAAGUUGGCAUGCUACUGCAUCUCCCGAGUCCACACGCUCAGAUGUGCUAUCUGAAGGCGCUCGAUCUCCCACCGUCAUCCUUGGUCGACCGGUUAAUAUCACAGGCGGUGUGAAAUUACCGCGAAGCUUCGACACAAACAUAAAGACAGUGUAUGAACAAGAGAUUAUUCUGUCGACAGAUCCAGACCUUCCUCCAAGCGACUUACUAUAUGUUCUGGUAGAUCUCUUUUUCAAACACAUCAAUACAUGGUUUCCUCUACUUGACCGCAAAGCCACCUUUGGAACAUAUUUUGGCUCUACCUCUGUCUCACGAGGCGAUCGGGUGGUGUUGUUUGCUAUAAUCGUAACUACACUGCGAUUCGCUACAGACACACGCCUGACGCCAAAUGCAAAGAAAAAGCUUCAUAAUGACUGCAGGCACAAGAUAGAGCUGUACGCAUUAGAGAAUGUCAAUCUCUUUUCGCUUAAAGCUCUCACCCUCCUCUCAUUAGAUGUUCUGGGGACUUCCAACGAACUGCAGGGACAGAGCCUUUUGUCUCUCCUUGUGCAGAACAUUACUCAUCUUGGCCUCUGCAUGGAGAAAAACGUCUACCUUGCCUGUCCAAUGUUUCCAGGGGAGGCUUUGCCUCGCAGGGUUGCACUUCCAGAGCCUGAUUCCUGGAUUGAAGAUGAAGGGCGACGCAGGCUCUGCUGGAUGGUGUAUGUGUUGGAUAGAUACGCAACCCUGGCAACACCAUACAAGUUUACACUGGCGGAAGAGGAGAUGAAACGGUUUCUGCCUUGUCGAUACGACUUGUGGUCGAGUAACGUUCCAGUGGAAACAAGAUGGCCAAAGGGCCUUGACACGACAAAGUUGAGACUAAUAAUUAACUCGCCAGAAAACCUCGGCAGCUUUUCUUACCACUGCGAAGUCCUCGGGAUUCUGAGCCGUGCUCACAAUUUUCUAGCGAAGCCACUGGAUAUAUACUCAAUUCAGGAUGUGCGGAGCUGGCAGAGCACUUUUGUCGCUCUAGAGGGCGAACUGUCCACCUGGCUUCGUGACUUGCCUGCAGAAUACGGUCAGAUAUCGGUAUUGUGUCAUUCUGACCCUGGGGCUAGAAUUAUCAAUUGGAUCAUGCUGCAUGCCGCAUUCGUGGUAUCGACCAUUCGGCUCAACUCUGCAGCAGCGUAUCCCGUGGUCCAAAACGCCGUGUUUAUACCUUCUUACAGCGCCAUGCAGACUUGUCUCUCGGCAGCGGAAAGCCUCAGAAGCAUCGCCCAAGACGUAAUCGAGACCAGUGGCCUGUCUCUAUUGGGGCCACACUUCGCCUUCUCACUCUGGACGUCGGCCCGGCUUCUUCUGGUACACGCUGCGACUAUGGGAUGCGAAAUCGACUCCAACGUUGAUUUCUUUGUGGGCACCUUGGCCGAGAUGGGCCGAUACUGGGAGGUCGCUGCAAAUUACUCGGCGAUCCUGGGCCGAGUGACCGAGGAGGGGCGACAAGGAGACAAAACCCUUGCAGAGAUGAGGCAACACGCCCAUGAGCUCUCAAUGCUUUCCAGUUCAACGAGACAAAGUGCCUUGGAACCUACUUCGACUCGGAUAUCUUCUGCAAAUGAGCUAGAUUACCUAGAGAUUUUUGACUUCUUCAACUACCCUCGAUCGGUUGACCAUGGCUCUACUGAUCCGUACGAAAUACAACAGCAUCUAUUAGAUUAUGAUUCUGGACCCGCUUCACUUGGUAUGGGUUUUGAGAUGCCGAGUGUAGAAUCGGAUUGGUUGCAGUAUGAGACCCGUUAG